GAUAUACUAUUGAGCAAGGGGAGAGACGGAGGGGAGAGAGGCAGAGGGGAGGGUGACUAAGUGAAUGCAGUUUGCCGUCGCGUGUCGCUGAAUCACAGCGAAGUCCACGAGCAGCCGGACUGAUUGGGGCUGAAUCAACAAAUGGAUACGGAAAACCCGGAUACGCACCGCAUCAAAGGGGACGGCACGCGAGGACGAGGGCUCCGUAUUCACAGGCUCUAAUGUCUGCAUCAGAUACUGCUGUGAGGAGCCCACGGGGAGGGAAAUAGCGGACAACUCAUUUCUCUCCAGCUCCGUCAGAAGGCGCGGAGCUGCUGCCUAGUGUGGGACUCGCUGGGAUUGAAUAUAUGCUCAUGCCGGCUUGUGUGCGCACGCGAGCGAGCGUGUGAGGGCUGAUAAUAGCAGCCCCAUUGGUAUUCAGCGGAGGGAGCUCCGGGAUCGCGCUGCGCCUUUUCCCCGGGACGGGAUCACAGAGCGGGGAUUGUGCUCGCCUGCGGAGAGCGCCCUGGAAUGGAUCCCUGCAGAGGUGGACACCGAGUGGGCAGCGCGGACGCCAGCGUCUACGAGCCGUGAGCCCGCGGAGCUGAAGCCCGGACGAGCCGGAGCCGGAGCCGGAGCGAGGCCGCGGCCGACGAGCCCCUCUAGAGUUGACCUUCCACCAACCAGUCGACCUGUUGAGCUUCGCAGCCAGCCUUUUUGGAGGAAUGAAAUAGAACGCAGUGAUGCCUGAGCAAUGGUACGGCGCUCGUGGACACGUCCGGAUUUAUCGACCGGAUAACUUAUCAAGAUUACGACGCUGUUGUGCACACCUCGGAGCUGGGCCACUUUUCCAUAUUGGCUUGUGGGCAAAAGCGAGUAAUUGAAAAUCCCCCCUCCGGAGGCGCUCGGCGCUGAUUUGUCGUCCUGGGAGGAGGUCCUAUUGUUUUUAGAAACGGAAAAAUAAAAAGCGGAUUUCUUCUUUUUCAUGUCGCGAGAAAACACAUUACGAAGAUACACUGGCCUUUAUCCUCGCCCGGUGACUGUGAGACACGACUGACAAACUGUCCAGAAUAAAUAAGCAACAAGAGGAACGGAGACGGAGGAGGAGAGCGGAAAACACGGGGCACAGGUUGAGAGGGAAAUAAAGCGAGGGCACGAACAACAAAAGAGAAUUACCCGGAUUGUUUGGAGCCUCAUUCUCAUUUGUUUGCACUGUGUCUGCGGCUGCUUGGUACAAUGGGCAGGGGAGGGGUCGCGCCUCACAGCAGGGGGGCCGUUUGAGCGGUGGAUUAGGGUUACGUCCCCCCGCACCUGCCUGCUCUGCACCUCGGCGCCAAGGAUGGCGUGGUGACCAGGCCGUUAUCCUGAGUGACAGACGAGCUCUGGGCACAGACAGGAAAGACGAGCGGGACGCGGCCCGUUCCCAGCGUCCUGCAGCGAAAGACGAGCGGGACGCGGCCCGUUCCCAGCGUCCGGCAGCGAGCCGGGCCGACCCACACCGCUGCGACCGCGUCCGCCUCCGUCGGGUCCGUGAGGAGCCCGGGCGCCGAGAAACAGGCCGCGAGCGAGCGAGCGAGCGAGCGAGGGAGCUGGUACUGGAAGGUUGGAGAGAGAGGGGAGGGAGGGGGGAGGCAGCGAGACAGAGGGGGAGAGCAGGUGUCGGGAAUCCUCCCCUUCAUCUGCUUGUCGUUUACUCCUUUAUGUCCGCUCCCCGUCUGCCGAGGUGAUUGCUUUCCUCCUUUGAGCCGCCCGACGGCCGACGAGGAGCCGCAGCCCAUUUUGACUCACUAACUUUUCAACCCAACGCUUUUUUUUCUGUGUUUGUCGAGACAGACUACGGUUGUUUUCUCCGCUUUUUGUGUCUUGAAGAAACGCUAAGAGGAAGAAAAACACUGGGCCAAUCAAUGUCUCAUUGUCUUUGUACACACAAUUCAGCAACUCUUUUUAACGGCUGUUGAUUUCUUCUCUGGCCUCGUCCCAAAGGGAUUAUUUCCUCCAUCUCUGUAUAAACACUGGAAUCCUGUGGUCCCUCUAUACGUCCUCCAGCCCAGUGAUGUACAGUGGACACGUCUGAGUCCCCCGAGGCGCCUCCCCCCCUUUAGGCUGAAACCCAGUGCUCUAAAUGUGUUGACUUACUACUGCAGCGAGAAUAUAAAGAAUAUAGCACAGCGCUUCUGAUACCGACUGAUUUAUUUUGUGGUGGUACCGGCGGCCAGCAGACCUUUCUCCAUGAGGAGCGGUAGAAGAUGCCGGCUCUGCCAGCACUGCUGCUGUCAAUACACGUCCUGUCCUUCGUGCUAGUCACCAUGCCGCCGCGCUCCCUCAGCCAGGCCCCCGUGCUCUCCUCCGUCCGCAUGGCCGCGAUCUUGGACGACCAGUCUGUGUGUGGGCGUGGGGAGCGACUGGCACUGGCCCUGGCCAGGGAGAACAUCAACAGUGUGAUGGAGGGUCCGGCCAGAGCCCGAGUGGAGGUGGACAUCUACGAGCUGCAAAAGGACUCCCAGUACGACACUACAGACACCAUGUGUCAGAUUCUUCCCAAAGGCGUCGUCUCUGUGAUAGGUCCCGCCUCCAGCCCCGCCUCCGGCUCGACUGUCAGUCACAUAUGUGGAGAAAAGGAGAUCCCUCACGUAAAGAUUGGUCCUGAGGAGACUCCGCGCCUGCCGUACCUGCGCUUCGCCUCCGUCACUCUGUACCCUAGCAACGAGGACCUGAGCCUGGCCAUCGGGUCCAUUCUGCGCUCCUUCAGCUACCCCUCAGCCAGCCUGGUCUGCGCCAAGGCCGAGUGCCUGCUGAGACUGGAGGAGCUGGUGCGCCGCUUCCUCAUCUCCCGGGAGACGCUGUCCAUCAGGAUGCUGGACGACAACCUGGACCCCACGCCGCUGCUGAAGGAGAUCCGCGACGACAAGGUGGCCACCAUCAUCAUCGACGCCAACGCCUCCGUCUCCUACCUCAUCCUCAAGAAGGCAUCAGAGCUGGGGAUGACAUCAGCGUUUUAUAAGUACAUCCUCACCACCAUGGACUUCCCCCUCCUCAGACUGGAUGAUAUAGUGGAUGAGCAGUCCAACAUUGUGGGCUUCUCCAUGUUUAACACCACCCACCCGUUCUACUUGGAGUUCAUCAGGAGCCUCAACCUGUCCUGGAGGGAGGGCUGCGACCUGACCUACCCUGGUCCCGCGCUCUCGUCGGCGCUGAUGUUCGAUGCGGUGCACGUGGUGGUGGGGGCAGUGAGGGAAUUGAACCGCAGCCAGGAAAUUGGAGUGAAGCCCCUCAGCUGCACCUCACCUCAGAUCUGGCAACAUGGGACGAGCCUUAUGAACUACCUGCGAAUGGUGGAGUACGAUGGUCUGACAGGGCGCGUGGAGUUCAACAGCAAAGGUCAGAGGACCAACUACACCCUGCGGAUCCUGGAGAAACACAGAGGAGGCCAUAAAGAGAUUGGGAUCUGGUUCUCCAACAACACCCUGGUAAUGAACUCCACGAGUCUGGAUAUUAACGUCUCAGAGACCCUGGCGAACAAGACCCUCAUUGUUACCACCAUUCUGGAAAACCCGUAUGUGAUGCGCAAAGACAACUACCAGGACUUCCAGGGCAACGACCAGUACGAGGGCUUCUGUGUGGACAUGCUGAGGGAGCUGGCAGACAUCCUGAAAUUCUCCUUCAAGAUCAAGCUGGUGGACGACGGGCUGUACGGGGCUCCGGAGCCCAACGGCUCCUGGACCGGCAUGGUUGGAGAGCUAAUCAACAGGAAGGCAGAUCUGGCUGUGGCAGGCUUCACCAUUACAUCAGAGAGAGAGAAGGUUAUUGACUUCUCCAAGCCCUUCAUGACCCUGGGGAUCAGCAUCUUGUACAGAGUUCAGCUGGGUCGGAAGCCGGGCUACUUCUCCUUCCUGGAUCCCUUCUCCCCUGCCGUCUGGCUCUUCAUGCUGCUCGCCUACCUGGCUGUCAGCUGCGUGCUCUUCCUGGCUGCAAGGCUGAGCCCCUACGAGUGGUACAACCCUCACCCUUGUCUCCGGGAGCGCAGGGACAUGCUGGAGAACCAGUACACCCUGGGGAACAGCCUUUGGUUUCCUGUGGGAGGCUUCAUGCAGCAGGGGUCGGAGAUAAUGCCCCGAGCUCUGUCCACCCGAUGCGUUAGUGGGGUCUGGUGGGCGUUCACCCUGAUCAUCAUCUCCUCCUACACCGCCAACCUGGCCGCCUUCCUGACGGUGCAGAGGAUGGAGGCCCCCAUCGAGUCUCCGGACGACCUGGCCGACCAGACCAACAUUGAGUACGGCACCAUCCAUGGCGGCAGCACCAUGACCUUCUUCAUGAAUUCUCGGUACCAGACCUACCAGCGCAUGUGGAACUACAUGAACUCUAAGCAGCCCAGCGUGUUCGUGAAAAGCACAGAGGAGGGCAUCGCGCGCGUAGUCAACUCCAAAUACGCUUUCCUGAUGGAGAGCACCAUGAAUGAGUACCACCGCGGCCUCAACUGUAACCUCACACAGAUAGGAGGCCUGCUGGACACCAAAGGCUACGGCAUCGGCAUGCCACUGGGAUCUCCGUUUCGAGACGAGAUAACGCUGGCCAUCCUCCAGCUGCAGGAGAAUAACCGGCUGGAGAUACUGAAGAGGAGGUGGUGGGAAGGAGGGCAGUGUCCCAAAGAGGAGGACCACCGUGCCAAAGGUCUGGGCAUGGAGAACAUCGGUGGCAUCUUCGUGGUGCUGAUCUGCGGCCUCAUCAUCGCCGUGUUCGUGGCCAUCAUGGAGUUCGUGUGGUCGACGCGCCGCUCGGCAGAGACAGAUGAGGUGUCUGUCUGUCAGGAAAUGAUCACAGAGUUCCGAAACGCCGUCUCCUGUAAGAAGAGCGCGCGCAUGCGGCGCCGCCGGCCCCUGGGCGGCUCGCUGGCCCUGCGGCACCCCGCCCGCGUGGCCCUGGGGGCCCCGCGGCCCCUGCGCCUGGUCAGGGAGAUGCGCCUCAGCAACGGCAAGCUCUACAGCGGCGCGGGGCCCCUGACGGGCGGCGCGGGGGGCGCGGGGCCCCCGGAGCUGGGCCCCGGGCCGCAGCGGCUCCUGGACGACCCGCUGGGGGCCAACGCCGCCCCGCCGCCGCCGCCGGCCCCCACCCCCGUGAUGCUGCCGGCACGCAGCUGCGCCCACGUGAGGAUCUGCCAGGAAUGCCGGCGCAUCCAGAGCCUGAGGUCCGGCUCCACCAGGAUCCCGCCGUCGUCGGCGCCGCUGCCCCGGCUGCCGCCGCCCCCGCCGCCGUCCUCGUCCAACACGGACAGCGAGGGCGGCGCGGGCGCCAGCCCGAGGCGGCUGCAUCACAGCCCCCCGCCCCACGCCCCCAGACCCAUCCCACCCCCACAGAGCGGCACCAACUCGGACCUGAUGGGGGACCAGGACUGAAGGCGACCGGGCGCCGCGGGUGAACGGAGGCCGGGGAACGUUUGUGCCGCUUCUGUCCACAGGCGGAAUCCAUCAGUGCAAAAAGGGACGGCGGGAAGCUGUGGCGACGUUCACAAAGAGAGAGCGAACUGGAAAUAAACGCGCUUUCCUCUCCAGUUGAGCACGGAGCCUCAGACACAGACCUGGACACGGACACAGGCUUGUGUAAUCAGCUGGGAGUGGAAAUGCACAUGAUGGCUCCCCUUUUCUUUCCUCCCCCCUCUCACUUUACUUUUGGCUUUUAGGGGACUGAACUCCUUCCACUGACACUUGGAAGCCAACUGCCCCUCGAGUAAAAGAGCCUUGUUGAAGGACAUACUACAUGUGUAUGCCACUAAAAAAACAAAACUAAAAGACUUCCAGAGAAUUAUUUCCUGUAGUUUCUUUCUUUUUGCUGUCUUUGUUUUGUUCCCAUUGUUCUAAGUGCGAGUUAAAUACAGACUACAUGUGACAAUAUGGUGGAUUAUAGCAUAUUAAGAAACUUGACCGUGGCUCUUUGUUGAGUUUUGUGUCCCUCCCUGCGCCCCACAGCUGCUUUUAGACGGUGGUUUCAAGGGAACAUGAUGCAAACCGUAGCAGGAGGAGGCUGUCGGCCGGCCUUUCUUUACGCUGUGUGCUUCCUGUACAGCAAACGCGGCUGUAACUACUCACAGUGGGGGAAAAGCAUGUGCACAGCAACAGCGGCCGCCUCCUAAUGUCGGAUAAUCACACGGCCGCGAAACGAGGAGGGAGCGCGGGCGAGAGGCUUUGAAAUGUGGAAUUAAUGUCCCUCGUUAUCCCGGGCAACGCCUGCCGAGCUUUUAUUUCCCUUUUCACCUCUGUUCACACAGUGUGUAAGAGACGGGGAGGGAAGAGAGAGGAACAGAGACGGACGGAGGGGGAGGAACGCGGCAGAAUCUGAAUGAGAAAUCCUCAACUGAACUCCUUCCAUUAUUAGAUCUGUCCUGAUCUGUUAAUUCUGGGCAUCUUUUAAGGGGCUUGUUAAUGUGCCAGGAAGCUGUAGCUGCAGCUUCUUAGCGUCUCCCUGCUAAACACGCAGACUUGGCCAACGGCAGCAGAGGCUCCUGCCAGAGUGAUAGACUCAACACAGCCUUGUCAAUACUGUCUCAAGCUUUUGAUCGUUUAAUUACUCCCCGCGGUGGCAGGGGACUCGUUCAGGGGGGGGGGCUGACCCGCGGAUGAAUGGAUCGGGCUCAGAUACGUGAUUUUCCAUUCCGGCUGCGUAGCGAACGCGGCGCCUCUCACAUCUGUUCACAUCAUUACGCCGCUGAUCUGAACAGCAGAGCGAGGCUGCGUUUACCUGUAGCGCGCGCGCUUCAUGUGACGAUUGAGCCGAAUCGAACGCUCAAAGGCCCUCGUUCCGGUUUUGUCUCGUCGUCAGUAAAACCAUGAGUUAAUCUGUCCAGUAAGUAGCUGCACGCUGAUCAUCCUGAUUUCACUCAACUCCAACGUGCAGCACUGUGGCGCCGGCCAGAAACGCUGUCCAGCAGCUUAAUCUGGACGUGGUGGAAUGUUUGCUAAAGCCACGACGCUCAACAAACAAGCAGCCGAGCUACAAACACUGAUGUGACCUUUCCACUGGACCGAUCACAAACAUGCUGUUACAUAAAAAAUGAAUAAAUAAAAACGGAGCACCGUCAUCGAAUCAGCUGCCGGACACCUGUCAUCCUAUCUACGCUAUGAAUCACUGGAGGUGUUUGCAUAUUAAUAAUGUUUAUGAUCAAAAAUAGCAGCAAUACUGAGAAACGUCUGAAUGGUGGAGUAGAAGUAAUAUGGAGAUAUUUUUACUAAAGUACAGUAUGAUAGAGCUGUUGAACUGUCCUCACACAACAACUGUAAUGAAAUACUUUCUGUUGGUUUCUGAUCUUUAAUACCCAGCGUACAUGUACUGUAUCGGUCCCAGGAUGAUGAUGUGUUUUCCUUUGACUCAUCAGUGACUCACGGUUUAUCGGACUUGUUUCCUAAUCAGUUGCUAAAGUACUGUACUUGUAUUUCCUGCAGCAUGAAUCACCACUUACUGAAACAGGGAGUGGUUCGAUUCACAGCCUGUGCUGUAUUUAGUCGGAUUCCACUAUUCAUAAAAUACUCUCUGGUUUGGAGUGUUUAAGGAAAUGAUCACAUACAAGAUUCAGGAGUCGGCUGAUGAAAUGUUUUCAGUGUGUGAUGCUAGCGAAAUCGCUUUAUCUUGUUCAGUCCUUUCAUAUUUGCGGCUCCUUUCAUGGCUUGAUUUCCUGACAGCAGCUUAUGAAUGUAAUUUAUUUCAGCAGCGACUUCUCACUUUUCUAAACCUCACUAUUUCCUGCUGUUGUGGCCACAUCAGUGCGCGUUCGUACCCGUUUGACCCCGGUGUGCGUCCCAUCGGCCCCGUCGCUCCACCGCUGCAGGUCUCCUGCGGCUGUGACGGAGGAGGCUUCUGGCUCAUCCAUAUUCAGCCGCGUGAGCCAACGCGCAGACCCGCCGCUUUGUUCCAUUGCAGCCUCUUACGACACGCAGGCGGUGCAGCAUCACGCGUUAAACGCAGAUUCGUCAUCGCUCUGCUCCAGUUUCAGCAGGAAACGGGCCCGGGUUCCACUCUGCAUCUCCAUCCACCAAACGCUGACAGGACAACAGGAGCCCAGUCAUCGCUACCAAACAAAAACACACCGUCCUCACUCCCGACUUCCCCUGUUGUCUAAGGAUUGUGGACCCCACAGUUCUGUUUGUUUUGUCUUGUGCGCACAGACUCGCUCCAGCGUUGAACCACAUUAGCUGCACGGCGCUUUGCUGUGGAGAGGAAACGAGGACGAACACGGAGCGGAAGGGAGGGUCACAAAACUAAUCAGCUGAGGUGCCUCGCAGUCACUCAGCAAAACAAAGCUUUUUGUUUAUUUUUCUGUUCUUUUCUUUGAUAUUUUUUCAUAUUUCUAUACAAGUGCUCAAUGGAUUGUUAAAACUGACGAUUAAUAUUAUGAUUCAAGUGUUGUUAUUAUUCCUGUUGAGGAGCAGGAGGUUUAAUGGAGUGCUUGUGGGUGGGGGACGGGAGGCGAUGAUGGGGAUGAAGGUGCCAUGAUGUUGAGAUCGCCCUGUUGUUCAAACCUAUAGACACAAACUUGUUUUGGAAUAAAAAUAUUCAAAGAGU